UAGUUACUGUAAGCAACAACUUCUACCGAUCUACAACACACGCAUCACAACUGGCAUCAUGGCACUGCUCGGUAGACGGAGAUCAUCCUUCCUAAAGCUGGCCGCCCUGUGCGGUGUGGUGUGGUUUAUGGCUGUGUUUGUGCUCUACUCGGACGACGCAAACCGGGCGGGCCCGAGCGGUAGCGGCAGUGGUGCGGCCAGCGGUGGCGGUGCGAUGGAGUACGAGACGCCCCGGCGGUUACCGCUGGAGGGCAUCCGGAACAAGUUCAAUCAGUUCAUCGAGAACGCACGGAUCGACGCGGAUCGACAAGACCCGGCAGUGCCGGACCAGGCGCCGGAUGUGAAUUUUGUCGAUCACAAUGGCUUGGAGGAUGGUGGUGAUGACGGGGAUGUCGCCGGUGCUGACCCGGACGUCGAUGAGCCGCCGGUAGUGAAAACGGCGAAAGCAACACCAUCAAAGCCAAACAACAGAGGACAAGACCAAGGUGGUGGUCUUGUGCUGCCCGGUGUUAUUGCCCCACCGAGCGAUGGACCGGGAGAGCUGGGAAAACCGGUCGUCCUGCCCAAGGAGCUAUCGCCCGACGUGAAAAAGCUGGUCGAUGAAGGAUGGACCAAGAACGCUUUCAACCAGUACGUGGCGGACAUGAUCUCCAUCCGACGAACGCUGCCCGAUCCGCGGGACGCUUGGUGCAAGGAGACGGACCGAUACAUGGAAGAUCUGCCACCAACGUCCGUCAUCAUUUGCUUCCACAACGAGGCGUGGUCGGUGUUGCUGCGUACCGUGCAUUCCGUACUCGAUCGUUCGCCCGAUCAUCUGGUGAAGGAAGUGAUACUCGUUGACGAUUUCUCCGAUAUGCCUCACACACAGAAGCAGCUGGAAGAAUACUUCCUCGCCUACCCGAAGGUGAAGAUCGUACGUGCGGCGAAACGCGAGGGACUCAUCCGUGCCCGUCUGCUCGGUGCCCGACAUGCAACAGCUCCAGUGUUAACGUAUCUCGAUUCUCACUGCGAAUGCACUAUCGGAUGGUUGGAGCCGUUGCUUGAUCGUAUCGCCCGUAACUCCACAACGGUGGUCUGUCCUGUAAUUGACGUCAUCGACGACAACACGAUGGAGUAUCAUUAUCGCGAUUCGGGUGGUGUUAAUGUGGGCGGUUUCGACUGGAACCUGCAGUUCAACUGGCACGCUGUACCGGAGCGUGAAAAGCGCAAGCAUAAGAGUCCUGCGGAACCCGUAUGGUCACCGACGAUGGCAGGCGGUCUGUUUGCGAUCGAUCGUGUAUUUUUCGAGCGACUCGGCACGUACGAUUCCGGGUUCGACAUCUGGGGUGGUGAAAAUUUGGAGCUCUCCUUCAAGACGUGGAUGUGCGGUGGUUCGCUCGAGAUUGUUCCCUGUUCGCACGUUGGUCACAUCUUCCGCAAACGCUCUCCGUACAAGUGGCGAACGGGUGUGAAUGUGAUCAAGCGUAACUCGGUCCGGUUAGCUGAGGUGUGGAUGGAUGAGUACGCACAGUACUACUACCAGCGUAUUGGUAACGAUAAGGGCGAUUAUGGCGACGUGGGCUCGCGUAAGAAGCUACGCGAAGAGCUUGGUUGCAAAUCGUUCCGAUGGUACUUGGAUAACAUCUAUCCGGAGCUGUUCGUGCCUGGUGAUGCAGUUGCUUCGGGCGAGGUAAGAAACAUGGGUUACGGUAAUCGAACCUGCCUCGAUGCGCCGGGCGGUAAGCGGAACCUGCGGAAACCGGUCGGACUCUACCCGUGCCACAAUCAGGGUGGCAAUCAAUACUGGAUGCUGAGCAAAACGGGUGAGAUCCGACGGGAUGAGGCGUGUCUCGAUUACGCCGGCGAUGACGUUGUGCUGUACCCGUGCCACGGUUCCCGGGGCAACCAGUACUGGAACUAUUCGGACGGGUCGCACCUGCUGCGGCACGGUUCGUCCGACCGGUGUCUGGCGAUCAACGAGGCCAAGAACAAGCUGAUCAUGCAGGACUGUAAUGCGGCCGUGGAGGCCCAACGGUGGUCCUUCCAGAACUAUGACUCCAGCAAGCUGUGAGUGUCCGCCGGACAAACAGGACAACACAACGACACC